CAAACGGUCUCAAGAUGGAGAAUCGCGUCAAGUGUCUCCUAUAUGGAGCGUUGAUUUUCUCCUCUUUGGCGUUCUUAUUUUUCGUUAUUGGUUUUUCGACACCCCACUGGCUUGAGUCGGAUGACCGGUACAUAACGGUCAGUCAUUUCGUCCGUUUAGGACUUUGGGAAGCCUGUUUUAACCAGUGGACCUACUACAAAGACUACACAGGCAAAACAUACGAUGGAUGCUGGUGGAUUUUCUCAUACGAGUAUCGUCCUAUUUGGCAAUGGUUGAAUCCCCCAUGGUUCCUUGGUGUGCAGGUUGUCAUGACCUUAACCAUGAUAUUUGAGGGCGUUUCCCUCCUGCUUCUCAUCCUGUUUGUAAUCGGCUGUUGUCCCGGAAAAACCAACCACAAGGCACUUUUCUUUUUAGCAGGACUGACAAUAUUAUCAGGGUUGCUGACAGCCUGCUGCACCAUCAUAUUUGGGGCCAAGUCAGUGAUUGACAGACAGUGGCUGGAAAAUCCUGACCAGAACUUCUUAUCCUGGUCAUUUGGGCUGAUCGUAUUGAGUGGCUUUUGCAUCUUGUUCAGUGGAAUGUGCAUCCUUGUGGGUGCCAUGCAAGUCCGAAUCGAGAGUCAGUACCGAGAGUCAGAGCCAUAUGAGGGAUACCACAUGAAACCAGCCUCAACUCAUUAUUAGAAUUAUUUGAAAAUAUUAAUAAGACGUAUAUAGUGUGGUAUUGUUUGACACUACUGACCAUGUAAUGAGAAGUUAUAUAGUAACCAUUCAUAGAGUUUCUCGAGUUCAUAUUGGCCACUAUGUACGUGUCAUACAGCUGGUUUUCCUAUGUCACACCUCUGAGGUCUGUCCAAAGUAGUGAUGACCUUUUCCUUUUAAGUCAUUGCUACAUUAAGUUAACGGAGAUAACAAACCUGCUUCUCUGUGUUUCACUUUUGUCAUGUUGUGACACUAAUUAAUAAAUGACUUGUAUGCAAAUUAAACCACAAAUCUUAUCACAACUAUAUACUAGACAUCCACAUUUUAUUUGGAGUUAUUUAAUUUAUGGCUAGUUGAUCACUACAGAGAUACUGUAAAUAUACCUAUCGGCCUUUCAUAUUUUGUAGAAAAUCUCCCUGAAUAUUUAGUAGAAUGUUACAAAUUUAAUAACUGUCAACAAACAAUAGAUAAAAUCUUCAUAAUCAAAUUAAGGAAGAAGUGCUUCUUAAUCAUUAGACACCAAAAUAUUUUGAAUAUUUUCUGUGAACUUGUAAACGUGUUUGUUUUAAUUUUUAUAGACAUGUAGUCGGACACAAACUUUACAUGAUCAGUCAGCAUGUAAGUGUUAAUCACUGUCAGGUUUGUAUUCAUGAUCUUCUCAAAUAAAUUACAGCAAGAAAUAUAUGUAAUGUGUUUUAAGUGAGGCAGAGUAUAAUUAUAUACCUUUAUGUAUUCUUAUCAGCAAUUCUAUUAGCUACAUGUGAGGUAAGGAAUAAAUAUGCUACAUUAUAUCAGCUUCAUAGAAAAUGGAUACGUAAUUUUUUUAGGCAGAAGACUAUACAAUGUAUUUGUAGCAGAGAGAUGCAACAUCUGUCACACUUUUACAUUUAUGGAAUCAAUUUCAAUCGGGAACUUGAAAGAAUAAAAAAGAUAUUCAAGUAUUGAUCAGUGAGAUCACUAUCAAAAGAUAAGAAAUUGGACAUUUUUCAGAAGGGUUCAUCAAAUUAAGUGGAGAUUGUGUCUAUUCUACACUUAAUUGUAGGUGGCCUUGUUUGUGGUCCAACAUAAUGUUAUGACUUUUAUACAAGGCUUUGUUAAAACUGAUGUCAAUGAUAACUAUUGACUUCACAGAAUAUAGACAAUGGCUGAAAUAUCUUUGAUACAAUUUCUACAUGUUAGAUGUAUUUCAUUAAAUUUGUUUUAGAAAAAAAUCAGAUGUUGAAAGAAAUACAUAACAUGACUAUAUAUUUUGUAUAAUUUAAUGUACUAUCGAAAAGGUGUGAAAAAACACUUUCUUUUGUUCUUGUAUAUUUUGUGUAUAUAAUUGUUGUACCAUAUAAUAGCAGUAUGUGGUGAUCAGCUGUCAAAGUUUGCUUAGUGAUUAAUAUAAAAGGUCCCUGUGGUGGUGUAUGUGUGUAUACAAAAAUUAUUGUGACUAUUUCAAUAUUUUAUGAUUUUUUACUGAUAUCAAAUUUAAAGCAAAAAAAAAAAAAAAAAAAUGUGAUUUCAAAAUACACAGAUGUAUAUUAACUUAAAAAUUCAGUAUUCACAGGAUCCUAUUUUCAAAAUACUUAAACAAAAAGAAAACUACCUCCCCCAAAUUAUUUGUUAAUUUUGAAAUUUUCUCUUGCCAUUAAGUAAACAUUUCUACGAACUGUCACCUGUCUUGUUCCCUGCAUCAACUGUCGCCAUAUUGUUAAUAAUUCAUAGGAACAUUGUAAAUAUUUUCGUUUCAUUUCAUGAUUGACAUAAUAAUUAAACCAGUGAUUUUAUUAACUAUCACUACACCUUGUAAAUUGAAAAUAAGAAAAAAUGAUGUCUUACGAACAAGUUUUUACGAUUGUUUAAAAUUUUAAAAUUUUAAUUUUAAAAAGUUUUACGAUUUAAAACAAUCCCAGUCUUUCUUUUUACAGGAAAAAAAUAUUCUAAAAACAAUAUGCAAACAUUUGUGAUUCUACUUCAUAUUUCCCCCCGUCAUUUUAAUUGUGUUUAUCUCUGAUUAUAAUUGCAAUAUUCUGUUAAACUUUCUGAUAGGAUUUAUUUCUGUAGUACAUACAAAUUGGACCAAUUUUAGGCUGUUGAUAAUGUGUAUAAACAAUCUCGAUUAUAGUGAAUACUUAAUUCCCAUGGAGAACAUCUGUAGCGAAAGUAUUUGUAAUACAUUUAAGGUAUAAUUAUAAAACAAUGGAUUGAAAUCUUGUACAUAUGUAUAUAUACAAUGAUAAACAUAUCUAUAAUUUCAAAAUGUAAAAAUGUAAUUUUUUUACGGUAAGUUCUCUCAUAUAUUAUGUGUACGAAAAGUCCUUUUAAUGUCAGUGAUACACUGUCCUUUUAAUGCAGUUUAAUUUGAUCAGAAAUUUUUUACAUGAUGAUGUGUAUAUUUUUUCAAUCAUUGCAGCUUGGAAGUUUUUGUAGUUUGAAUAAAUUCACAUUAGAUACAAAACUAUUUUAAUAUUGAUUCAUUAUAAACAACUUGAGGUUUUGCAAUAAACAGAUGUACUACAUUUUUCUUGAUAAUUUUAAAAUGUACCUAUAUAUUAGUGGUAUAAUUUCUGUAUAUAAUACGAUUUAAUCUUCUCCAUAUCAGCAUCAUAUAUUUCAGGUCAUGUCCAUAAUCCAUUUUGAUACUGCAUCCUCACAAGAUAAUAAAAUAUAUUUCUAAAUCAA